UCCAUCGACGUUUGUAAAGAGAUACACAAGAGUUCAAUCUUGGCUGUUCUCAGCGCGCAAAUUAAAGGCUGUUAAAGGUACGGCAGGCUGAAAAACACCGUAUUAUUUGUUGUGAUUUAUUUGGAAAAGCCGACAAAACAACAGCCAGGUAGCUGUAAGGAAUACCCACGGCCGUAGUAUCUCUAAAACGGACAAAGGACUGAACAAGGUCUCCUGUUGCAUGUCGCACUAGAAGUUGUCGAGAAGAUCAACCUAAACUCGCCAUCAUGGUUUUAAGCGAGAAUGAUGCUGGCAAGGGCUUGACCACCGCCGCGGCGAAAGGCAACACAGCUGAAGUCCGUCGGAUGCUGGAGGAAUGCAGGGUGCAUCCAGAUACAGUCAAUGAAUUUGGCCGGACAGCACUACAGGUGAUGAUGAUGGGGAACACCAAUAUCGCCUGCCUUCUGUUGGAACAUGGCGCCAACCCCAACGUCCAGGACCGCUUUGGCAUCAGCCCCGCCCACGACGCAGCGCGAGGCGGAUUCCUCGACACCCUCCGGGCCCUCGUGGACUUCGGGGCGUCGGUGAACGUGCCCGACAACUCGGGCGCGCUCCCCAUCCACAUCGCCACCCGCGAGGGCUACAGAGACGUGGUGGAGUACCUGGCGCCGCGCUCCAACCUCAGCCACCACAACACGAGCGGGGAGACCGUCCUGGACGUGGCUAGGGCGACGAGCACGCCAGACAUGGUAGAACUGUUGGAGCGGCAGUUGGAAUCAAGCCUGACCUUCCAGUCAUAGCAACAGAACACUUGAGUCUCAUUUAUCCCAGCCAGCCUCCCCCCCCCCCCCCCCCAUCCUCACUCAUUAUUUCCUCUUUUUUGUUUUUGGUGAAAUUUCAUAUAUAGGAUUUGUAAUAAUGUAUAUCUUAUAGAUUUGGAGUCUGUUGUGGUAGUUUAUGAUAGCCUUAUGGUAGCCUUAUAGUGUGAACACUUGCGGAAAGAAGUGACACAUAUUUGUUUUUGCACAGAGCAAAGUUCCAUUGAGGGUACUCGCAAACCUCGUUUUAUUUGGGAGUUUGCCAUGCACAUUUGUAGAUUUUUACAAAUUGUCCUUUUUUUGUCCUUGCUGAUUUAUUGUCUACAUUUAUCCACGUGGACAUUUGAACUGUUUGUUUGUUUUUCAUGAAAAUAUGAAAGGACAGCUGCGCGCCCUCCUUUGGUUGGUCUUGCAGUUUGCACUGAUGAAUUUGUAGCAACCGAUGCAUUGUUUCUUUUUCUCCUUUUAAAACAAAAUGUAUGUUUGUUUGUUUAUUUGUUUGUUUGUUUUGUUGUAUAUAAAAUGUAUGAUUUUAUAUGUACUAUUUAUUGAAAUAUUGUACAUAGCAAUUUUAUGUUUACCAUUGUGUAAUGCUUUAUUGUUAUUUAUGAAAAUAUACAUUAACCCUAAACAAAAGACAUGUAUCCACACCUCAUUAUUUCUUUAGAGCACAAAUAAAGUAUUGACCAUAUUUCUUCAUU